AUGCUGGCCUCAGGGCUGCUUCUGGUGGCUGUCAUAGUCUGCCUGAGUGUAAUGGUUUUAAUGUCCACUUGGCAACAAAGGAAGAUAUUUAGAAAGCUGCCUCCUGGACCCACACCACUACCAUUCAUUGGAAACUACCUGCAGCUGGAUACAGAACAGAUAUAUAACUCCAUUAUGAAGAUCAGCGAACGCUAUGGUCCUGUGUUCACCAUUUACCUGGGCACUCGUCGUGUCGUGGUUCUAUGUGGAUAUGAUGCAGUGAAGGAGGCUCUUCUGGACCAGGCUGAGGAUUUCAGUGGGCGAGGGGAGCAGGCCACCUUUGGAUGGAUCUUUGAGAACCAUGGUGUAGUGUUCAGCAACGGGGAGCGCUGCAAACAUCUCAGACGCUUCUCCAUCUCAACCCUGCGAGACUUUGGCUUGGGCAAGCGUGGAAUUGAGGAACGCAUCCAGGAAGAGGCAGGCUUCAUCGUGGAAGCAUUACGGAGCACAGGUGGUACUUUCAUAGACCCCACCUUCUACAUCAGCCAAGCAAUCGCCAAUGUCAUUUGCUCCAUUGUUUUUGGGGACCGUUUUGAUUAUGAAGACAAAGAGUUUCUGUCACUUUUGAGCAUGAUGUUACAAAGCUUCCAGUUCACAGCUACUUCGACUGGGCAGCUCUUAGAGUUUUUCAUGUCAGUGAUGAAGCACUUGCCUGGACCACAUCAAGAUGCUUUUAAGAACCUGACGGGGCUGAAGAAUUUUAUCAUUAAGAAGGUGGAGCAGAACCGAUGCACACUGGACCCCAAUUCCCCAAGGAACUUCAUCGACUCUUUUCUCAUCCGCAUGAAAGAGGAAAAAAAUAACCCCAAUUCAGAGUUCUUCAUGAAGAACCUGGUGAUGACCACACUGAACCUCUUCAUUGCGGGCACAGAGACAGUCAGUACAACACUGCGCUAUGCUUUGCUGCUGCUCAUGAAGUACCCAGAGGUGGAGGCCAAAGUCCAUGAGGAGAUUGAUCGAGUGAUUGGCAGGAACCGACAGCCCAAGUUUGAAGACCGGGUCAAGAUGCCCUACACAGAUGCAGUGAUCCAUGAGAUUCAAAGAUUUGGAGAUGUCAUCCCCAUGGGCCUGGCACGCAGGGUCACAAAGGACACCAAAUUUCGGGACUUCCUCAUCCCUAAGGGCACUGAAGUGUUCCCUAUACUGGGAUCUGUGCUGAGAGACACCAAGUUCUUCUCCAAUCCUGGUGAUUUCAACCCCCAACAUUUCCUGGAUGAGAAGGGGCAGUUUAGGAAGAGUGAUGCUUUUGUGCCUUUUUCCAUUGGAAAGCGAUACUGUUUUGGAGAAGGCCUGGCUAGAAUGGAAUUAUUUCUCUUCCUCACCACCAUCAUGCAGAACUUCCGCUUCAAGUCCUCGCAGGAGCCUCAGGACAUUGACGUGUCUCCAAAAUUUGUGGGCUUUUCCACCAUCCCUAGAAACUAUACCAUGUGUUUCCUGCCCCGCUGAUCCUGAAAUCUGCCAAGGCGCAGCAAGUGGAAGGGGGAAUAAGGGUGGGGCUGGAGGUUGGGAUGAG